GUGGGGCCGGGCGCCAGUAAGGGUCCUUAAUGGGCUGUGCUGUCAGAUCUACAGCCUCUCCAGCCCUAAACAUCAUCUCUCUCUCACUCUCUGUCUCUCUGUUUGUCUCUCUCUCUGUAGGUCAUCAUUGACAUUUUAGUUUGACAUUACUAAGAGUUUUUCAUGUGAGCCUCUGGAUAUUAAUGAAAAAUGUGUUUCUAUUUUAAAGUGAAUGAGUGGAUACUCUCUCAUCGUUUCUCUUCUUUUCAUCAUCCAACUUGGAAGCAAUAAAAGGAAAAUACAAUUUCAUCGAUUUUUUCAGUCUUUUCACUAGCUGAAGAAAAUGGAACUAUUUGGGAAUGCUUUUCAGCUUUAACUCUCCUUUGACUUCAGCGGCAUUCCUCAUUUGAUUGCUCUUCGAAUCCCAUCAAACCCAUGUGGACCUAGGAAGUACACUCGGAAUGGGAGCUUGUUCCAUGGAACAAGACCAGGCAGAGCAAGCUGAACGGGGGCUAGGGUUUUUUCCCAGGGGGUUCCACUGGGAAGACUGACCAUAUUAUCUGUCCCCAGUGAUCCCAUGGAGAGGCGGAAGCAUUCCCUAAAGCACAGAUAUUAACACACACCUCAGCCCCGAAGAUCCUGUAGCGAUGCCGUCCCUCCACCACGUCGCCAUCUUCAUCGGAGUCUUUCUCAUUGUCACCGGCGGCUCCACAGCCUUCCUCACCUCCUCACAGAGCCGCCUUCAGGCGUUCUCUCUGUGCUGUGUGGUGUUGGGAGCCGUCAUGCUGAUUCUGGGGCUGUUUUGGGGCAUGAACAACCGGAACCACGUGGACUACAGCCAGGGAGACUACCCCAACAUCCCCCACCAGGGGGAACAUCCCAACUAUCCCUACCCACACCCAGAGCUCAGUUACCCUGGUCGAUACGGCCAUCCAAACCUGACCCACAUCCUCUUCAGCCCCCCGCCAGCUCCAGGCAGCCACUUUCCAGGGUCCCAGUCAGCCCUACUGCAUAGGAAUGAGCCCCUGCGUCGAGGGGUAUAUGGGGCCGAUGAUGUGGACUACCCCCCACUCAGCCCCCCCUCCAGGUACCCCCACUGCCUGGGUCCCCCACCUCCAUAUGAGGUUGCCAUCAAGACCACCUGUAGCUCCACCCACUUGCGGCGCUCCUACUCAGACACACAUCUGGCCUCUGAGCCCCUGUUUGGCCGAUCAAGAGAGAUCAGCUUUGAAGUAUGAGGCAACAUCAGACAGGCCCACGCACUGCCUCCACCAACCAGACUGGAGGAGAGAUACUGUGGCCACACCCCAUUCUCAGGCUCUGCAUAUUCCCUGUCAGCUCUCAUCAAGAAACAGGAGUAGGAGACUUACAGCAACACCUAAACUUUAGGCAACCGUCUUCAAAGACCUGUAGUUUAGCAUGUUUUCACAAGCUGCCUUGAAAAUGAGACAUUUUAAUAUCUUUCAAAUAUUUUACCUUUGCUUGCUUGAGUUUUCAGGGGGGAAAUGAACUGGUGAAAUAACCCAAAAUUGCAAACCACACCCAAUGUCCACAGUGCCUCUCCCUAAUUCCGCUAGUUCUGUAUAUUAUAUGCAUGUAUAACAUACAACGUAAACAACUGUUUAAUUAUGUAAAGUGAAUGUGUCUAUAAGGACAUCUAGUGGUCAGUCGACCUGCAGCAACCAGACUAUCAAAGUCCUGCAAAUAUUGCAUUGUCCUAAAGCAGUAAGUCCAAUCCUCACUACUGAAGACCCUGUCCAGCUUGACAGAGAAUUCAAAUACUACAAAAAACUGUCCAGUUGUGUGGAUGAUUAUACAACAUUUGCACCAAACAUUCACCAGAUGUUGCAAGAACCUUUCCAGAAUGCAUUAUGUCAGUUAAAGUGUAUGAAUACGGCCUUUACGUACAGUGGUUACUUUGGUGAAUAACGUACCCGCCGAGUCAAGGGAGAGAUUACAAUGGUUUAUUGAAUAAUUACGCAGUAAGUGUAUUUUCUUUGGUUAGUGUACUCGUCUCAGUAAGGAAAUGGAAAUACACACUCAUUUCUACAGGGUGCGUAACUUCCCGGAAUUCGACUGAGUAUCUUUGGCUAAUUAUGCCGCAAGCUUUGACAGAACGUGACUUCCUGUGACAUACAAAACUAUGUUCUCUUGUUUCUGAACACAUUUAACUCAAAGCGUACAGUCAUACGAUAUUCUCCCAAAAGGUUCCCAAAAUGUUUAAUAGAAAUGAUUUAAAACAUAAGAACGUGUUCUUAGUCAUACUUACCUGAUAAAAUAAUGGCUAAAAUAAAACAUUACUCUAUUGUUUGCCCUGAACAGUUCUCUGAUGGCUGUUACAGAUGUUGUGCACACUAUUUUAGUAAAAGUUUUGUUCCUGAAGAAAAAUUUAUUAAAAAGAAAAAGAAACAUUGAGUUGAAAAAGUACUCCCAUUUGUUACCUCUAUGCAUUAAUCCUAUCCAAAAGCCAAAGUUGGGAUAACUUUGUCUAAAACUGGGCCGUAAUGACCUACGCCUGCUCUGCCACCAUGUUAUCCAUCCCAACACAUCCUCAGGAGAGACUCAGGUUGAGAAUAGCAACAGACUACACAAGAUCCAUCCAGAUGUAGCCUCUCCUUGGCUGGCAUGUAUUCACUUCAUCAUGUUCUAAUGAUGGUACCUAAUAAAUGCACAUGCAAAUAUGUUUAUCUGCAAGCCAUACAAAUGCUGGACACUUCACCUGGUUUGGGCACCUACCUAUAGACACAUACACACACAAUAUUUGAGUAAAUAAAUUAUUGGUAGUGCGUUCUAUUAUUGUUAUUUAUUUUGAACUUAUUUGUAUUUGUUUCUAGCAGUGUAGAAGACUUGGGCAGUGUCGAUUGCAUUGUGAAUCCUAUGCAUAUGACUAAUAAAAACCUUGAACUUG